AUGGCAAACCCUCUGGAGAACCCAUUCAAUUUACUAAUUGUGAAUGCUUCGUCCCGCCAUCGGGGCCACAGCUCCUUGAUCGGGUUCUGCAACAUCCUCCUUGUCGAUCCAUUAUUGGGGCCACGGCUCCCCGAUCGAGGUCCACGGCUCCUUCAUUAUUGGGGCCAUUAUGGGGCCACGGACAUCCUCCUCGUCGUUCCACUAUUGGGGUCACGGGAUCACGGCUCCUCGAUCGAGUUCUUACAUAAACUGUUCAUCAUCUCCUUCAUUUCUGUGCUACAUUCGUUCCUGUUUGUUCAGCAGCCAAAUCCUUCCAAGUUCUUGAUGAGCUCCACAAAAGCAAAGAAAAUCAUGUCGACGCAAAAGAGAGCUUUGCCUUCCACUUCUUCAGAUCAAGCAAGUCUACUCAAGAGGCCACGCAACGCUCGAAAGAAUCAAACAUGGCACUGGUCCGAGGGGAAUCUCAUGCCGAGGAGCUGGUUGACAGAGGACGAUGUCCGGAGAGUGGUCAGGGAAGAGCUGGAGCGUGCUAAAUCUGACUUGGCCGAAUACCGUCGAAGUCCACAAGACAGCCAUUGUUCAAGGUGUAGUUGCAUUGGGGAUGCUCUCAAAGAUGAUGUACAACAGGCAUGCUCAACAGAGAAUGCUGUUAAAAAACCGGCGGAAGCAAUGGGGCUUGCAAACAUUCACCCUCCCCACCUUGCAAGGGCUAAUGUUAAAUCUACGGUGAAGAAUGAUGCGAGAAACUUACGGCUUCAACUUCGAAACAAACUCUCACUUCCUCUAUUUACUGAAAAGAAACUAGAAGGAGAGGGUGGUGCUCGCAUUUCCGUUGCAUUGAUCGAUGCGGAUACAGGGGAUGUCGUUACGUCAGGGCCAGAAGCCUCCAUCAAGUUGGACGUCGUCGUGCUUGAAGGUGACUUCAACAAAGACGAUGAGGAAAAUUGGGCUCCAGAAGAUUUUGAUAGCUACGUGGUUAAAGAACGAGAAGGAAAGGGGCCGCUUUUGAAAGGAAAGCUCCAAGUGAAGCUCAAGGCUGGUGUUGGGGAGCUGGGAGACUUGAUGAUUACUGACAAUUCCAGCUGGAAUCGAAGCAAAAGUUUCAGGAUAGGGCUCAAAGUGGCAUCGCGUGAUGGUAAGAGUACACGAAUCCGAGAAGCAAAAACAGAUGCCUUUCCUGUUAGGGAACGUAGGACACAAGGCGAGGAAUUUGAAGAAGCAAAAACAGAUCCCUUUCCCGUUAGGGAACGUAGGACACAAGGAUAAAAAACAUCAUCCGCCUCUAUCGGAUGAUGAAGUCUGUUGGUUGAAGGAGAUUGCCAAAGAUGGGAAAAUCUCACUAAACUGAGUAAAGCUAGAAUAAGGGCUUCCUUAGCUAAUUUGUCUCAAAACUUCACCUAAUAGCUUUUAGAGAUUUUUUAGUUGCAAAACAAGUUUUGUUUUGGCCUAUUGAUCUUGGCAUUACUGCAAUUUCAUCCUCUACUCACUUUACAGCAUACGAGAAACACUAUCCACCGGCAUCUGACGAUGACGUCUGGAGAUUGGAAAUUAUCGCGAAGGGUGGAUCAUUUCACAAGAGGCUGGUUGAUACAGGAAUAUGUAAGGUGGAAGAGUUUUUACGACGACUCUCCAUG